AUGAAUAUUAGUAGAUUAACUGUACGUCAAUUCUCGACAAGUGGACGUGUUCAAAGAACGGGGUAUUCUACCGUCAAACCGGUACACCAUUUAGUGAAAAUACAGAAGGCAGCAUUGAAACCAGACUAUCAAGGUUUACUCAUUCCUAAGGAUGAUAUUAGGUCCGUCGGAUUCAAACCAACGGAAAUAGAUCAAGAUAGAUUAUCCGAACAUUAUGAAAACACAUUACAGCUGGACUUAUUGUUGCACUACUACGAACACGACACACAGUCUAUUCCCGGUAACAAGAAGAGAUCAUGGGGCACGGACUCACCAUAUGCGUUAUAUCGUAACUUAAAGAACCCUAAGGGUGUAGGUAGAGCAACCAGAGAUAUCCACCCGGUGACUUGGAAAAAUGUGCCACAAUUAGUGGGCAUCAGUAUCAACGCAUAUAACUCGGACGCAUUAGAAGAAAGUUGGCUCAAUAUUUCUACUCGUUUGCAAAUUGCGCAAAUCACCAACGUUAAAGCAAAACAAACGUAUAACAGAUCAAAUAUCUUACCAUGGAAAUGUAGGGUUGGUAAACCUUGUGGUUGUAAAGCUGAGUUGACAGGAAGAGAUAUGACCCAAUUCGUAUCUACUUUAACUGAAUUGGUAUUACCAAGAAUUCGUACUUUUAAGGGUAUCAAGAAUACUUCCGGUGACAAUAAUGGUAACAUAACAUUUGGUUUGGAACCAGAAGAUGUCAAGUAUUUCCCAGAAAUUGAAAAUUUCCAAGAAUUAUUCCCUAAUUUAUUUGGAUUCCACAUUACCUUCAAAACUACUGCAAGAACUGAUCAACAAGCAAGAACUUUGUUGAGUUCUUUAGGCUUACCAUUUUAUGACGCUGUAUAA